AUGGCAAGCCAUAAAUCGCCAACUCAACAGACUGUCUCAGAGUCGUCUCGCCGAUUAUCCUCAAAACUCAAACAGGAACAAGAUGGGAGUAUUACUGUCGAGGAGGAUGACCCAGAUUGUGAACAGUGUUCAACUCCCAUAUUCAUCCAUGAAGGCGUAUUCAUUGGCUUUUGGUUCGCAGAUCAGAGUGGAAAUGGGAGGCGACCAGUAUAUUGCUUAAUCAACAGAGAUUUCGAAUUCGCAUAUCUUAAAGGAAAAACAUUCAUCCUCGUACGAUACGACGAUUUUGAUCCCCUAGAUGAAUUUGGUGACUGGUUGGGCGAUGAUACUGAAGACGAGGACGCUAUGAGCCCAGAAGACGUGAAAGGAUGGGUGCAAAUGAUGUGGGAGAUCAGAAACUAUGCCGGAAUCCAGGAUAUGACACUUGAAGAUUGA